CCGCAGUUGGAGGGUGUUGCAGCUACUCUCUCUGGCACCGCGUGUGGCGCUCCGGACUCGUAUGCUGGUCCAGACGUGUGUGUGUGUGUGAAUGCUUGUGCGCUUUUGCCCAUUUCAGAUACACUUCAAGGUAGACGGAGAAAAGAUAUAUGAGAGACUGUGAUUAUACCUAAUUUAAUACACACACAAUUGUCUUCAUGGUUUCAUGAUCUCAAUUUGAAUUUCAUGAGGUUUUUUCUCGAGUUACGUUAUAUAUUCCACGCAGGUAUCACAAUGCUUAAAUCAUUCAUCAAAACUGCCUUCUUAAACGUUGACAUAAAUCUUGGCCGCCUUUCCCGGUUUCUGGAUGACUUGACGCUUGUGUAAACAAACUCAGAAGAUCAAUAACAAUAUGUUAGGCUCUACUAUGACCCCCGCCUAAAAAUACUUGUGCGUGAUCAACUGGAACUAAAACUUUCUUGCUCCCAAGUGCAUUAGUUAAAGCUGGAACCACCAGAUAACUAGUAUGGCAGUGUUGAUACGUGUGUGUGUAAAUUAUCGAAAUGAGUAGAUGGGAGUAUACUUAUAGCAUUGUACAUUUCAAGUCUGUUUGUGGAUUGUAAUGAACACAUUAAUGACUGGAAAAGUAUAACAACCGAUCAUCGAUGGUCAAAUGUGUGCUUCUUAAAUGACCUCUUGCAGUGAAUUUUGACCUUAGUAAUUGAGGUAGCUACUGAAGAAUUGUUUAAGCGUUUUUCUGAGGAUAUCGAGCGAGUGAUCACAAUUAUGAAAACAGGGGUUCGUUUGAGAUGACAGAAACUUUCUGGGGUUCAUUAGAGAUGACAGAAACUCCGUAAAAGAGAGAUAGAGAACAAGAAAUUCCUGACGAACUUUCAAGAUCCCAACACACUGAAGAGGGGAGAGAAACCGUUCUUUUACCAACAGGAUAAUGACCUGUUGAUGGGCUAUGAGUAGGCCUAUGGCUUGCGCUGAUGGGCCGUGCUGGGGUAGUGGUUGCCACCACCUCCGUGUUACCUGGUAAUUAAGGUUCGGAAUGACUGGCAGGUGAGAGGAAGACCCAGCAUGGACUGGGAGCAGUUGGCCGUCUUGCUGACGGUGUGGGCAGCAGGUGGGUGGCUGGCGGCGGCCGGUGAGCAGGUAACUAGCACCGUCUGCCCGACCUGGGAGGAGAACCCCUGGUGUCCCUGCUACCACUUCGACGAUGGUGUCUUCCUAGAGUGUCCCGCGGUGUCCCUGGGAACGGUGGCCAAGGUCUUGGGACUGGUCAGGCGUCCAGUCAAGUCUCUUAGUAUCUACGACCUGGACACAAACGUGACGUCUCUAAUGCCAGGCAUCUUCACCAAGAGUGCUGGAAUUUCCAGUUUGCAGAUCUCGCAUUCCAGUAUACAGAAUAUUGCGGACGGCAGCUUCCGGGGGCUAGAAAAAUCCCUACAGAGUUUGACGAUCAUGCACAGUCAGCUCUCUUCUGUACCCCAGGCGGCACUGCAGAAGCUCUCCAGGUUAAGGUCCUUAGACCUGGAAUCAAAUAACAUAACAGAGCUGCAAAGUUAUAGUUUUUUUAACAUGAAAUUAUUAACUCUUAACCUUAAAGGAAAUGGAAUAAAAUUAAUAUCAGAAUACGCCUUCGAUGGACUAGAAGAAAGUUUAGAAGAGUUAAAUCUAAUGAACAACAAACUCAAACAGCUUCCAAUUCCAGCCUUGCGGCGGCUUAGCAAAUUACGAACGCUGAAGGCCACCUGGAAUCAUAUUUCAGAUGUGGUAAGUGACGGGUAUUCUCGCCUUCCAGCGCUGCAUGUGCUGGAUCUGAGCAGCAACCACUUCAGUGAACUCAACAGCAACACCCUGGCCACCAUGCCCGCUCUAGUGUCCCUCUCGGUGUAUAUGAACGAUAUCUCCCACAUCGCAGGGGAUACAUUCAUCCAGAACCCGAGUCUCAGGUCCCUCUACCUCAGUCAUAACAAUAUCCUGACACUAUCUUCUGAGACUUUCUCCUACUCGAUGAACAUUCGAGUGAUAGACCUUGGUGAAAACCACCUUCAUGCGAUUGAGGAUGGCUUGUUCAGCAAUCUUCCAGAGCUGCAAGAAGUAUUUUUGAACAACAACAACAUACUGAAGAUCAGUAAUGAAACCUUCGCCAACUCGACCAAGAUCACCGUUCUCUAUCUCCAGAAUAACGAGAUUCAUUCCAUAGAGAGUGGGGCAUUUGCCAACAUGGAAUUACUCUUCAAUCUCCAGCUCAGUUCCAACAACCUUGAGGAGAUCCCAGCUGGGCUCUUCUGCAACACUCGAGUACUAAAUUCUCUGAGUUUAGAUGACAACAGAAUCACAUUGCUGGCAAAUGGUACCUUCAGUCAUCUUGCUGAGCUUAGGGAGCUCAGAUUACAGAAUAACAGACUCACUAAAAUAGAAAGAGAAGUGUUCUCCCCGCUCCCAAAUCUCCUUGAGCUGCAUUUACAAAAUAAUCACAUAGAAGUCAUAGCAAAAGAAGCUUUCUCCUCGCUAGAAAAUCUGCAGCACUUAAAUAUGGAGGGUAACCGGUUGAUAGAAGUCCCUGAUGCUUUAAGCCGGUACCCUGCAAAUCUAAUAACACUUAAUCUGUCCAAAAAUCAAAUAAAACAUAUUCACGCUGAUGCAUUUAGGGGACAAAACAAACUAGAAAUCUUCUGGAUGAACGACAAUAACAUCACAACGCUCUUGAAUAUUUUGCUCAGGGAUCUGUCUUCCCUACAGGAGCUAUACCUUGAAAAUAACCAGAUCAACAACAUCCAAGAUAAAUGUUUUAAGGAUAUUAAGAAGUUAGAGCAUCUUUCCUUAUCCAACAACCAGAUGCAGCAUGUUAGUUCGUUACUCUUCGAGGGUCUAUCCUCACUGGAGAAUCUCCACAUGGAUAACAACAAGAUAAUGGACAUAGAACCACAAACCUUCCAAAAGUUGAAAAAGCUGAAAGAACUCGACCUGUCUAACAAUCAGAUCUUUGUCAUUCGGAGAUACAUGUUUGAAGGGACGAUCCCCAUCAGAACUCUAAACUUGAUGGGUUCCAUGAUUAAUGAGAUCGAUUCAGAUGCUUUCAGCGAUUUACUGUAUCUUGAAAACCUCAAUUUGCAAAGGAACAUGCUAACCCACCUCAACAGGCUGUUCCUCAACGUGCGAAGCAUUAGGAAUCUCAAUCUAGCAGAUAAUAAAUUUGAAAAUAUAGAAGAAGACUCGCUCUAUAGUCUACCCAAUAUGGACACUUUGGAUAUGAGUGGCUGUGGGCUUACAAAGCUCCCACCUCAUUUAUUGGCAGAGGCAUCAGAGCUCAGAUCUCUCAAUCUGGCUAAGAACAACUUUAGGGCUCUUACGGCUGCACUCUUCCAAAAGAUGCGAGGCCUGCGAGAGGUGGAUCUUUCCUAUAAUAAUUUGACCAACGGAAUUAUCACUUCAUUAGAGGGUCUUACGAAACUUGAAGUGCUAAAACUAAAUGGUAAUCCUCUAGAUGAAUUAAUUAAUUCUUUGAAGGAGAUGGUAGGACUACGAGAGAUCUACUUAUCAGAAGCAAAGCUUAGACGCAUGGACAAUACAGUCUUCAACAAAUUAAAACACUUGAAACACCUCGACCUUUCAAACAAUAGCCUAACGGAUCUCCCGCCUGGAAUCUUUGCUAACUUGAGCAUCGAACAACUCAACCUAGCAGACAAUCUCUUUAAGCAGAUCCCCAACGCCAUGUUCCUGGAUGGAAUGCCGGUGUUGCGGGUCCUAAAUAUGUCUGGCAAUCCUUUAGAGCGCGUUACAGGGCCUCUGGUUGCUGGAGGACCGCCCCUGGCCGUUCUUGAAGAGUUGGAGGCUGCCAGAACCAACCUGACGCUGCUAACAAGCCAUGACCUGUUGCUCACUCCCAAUCUCCGCAGUCUUAACCUUGAGCAUGCAGCCAUAGCUAAGAUCUCCCCCGGAGGGUUCCGGAACCUCACGCAACUAACGCAUCUUAACCUCGCCUUCAACCGUCUCGAGAUUAUGCCAAGGGAGAGACUUCGAGGCCUCAAAUCUCUCACGCAUCUCAACCUGACGGGAAACAGUCUCAAGAAGCUUGAUCAGCUGCCCUCUGGAUCAAAUUCCUUGAAAGUAUUAGACGCCUCGGCUAACAUGCUGACAGAGCUCACAGAGUCGACCUUCAAACACGGCGGUGGAGUCGAAAAACUGGCUCUGGCGUCGAACUGGAUCACAACCAUCCACCCUCGAGCAUUUGUGCCACUCAACAGCCUACGCCACCUCGAUCUGUCCAACAACUACCUGGAAGGGCUGAGCACUCUCUCUCUGGAAGCCAUUGAGAGGAGCCUGGAAACCCUCAAACUGGGAGGGAACCCCUGGAACUGUGGCUGUGAAGUGAGUGAACUGUGGUCGUGGCUUCAAGAUCACCUCUCAUACGUGGCUGAUCCUGCUGCUCUCGACUGUGAUAUGCCCAAGGCACUGAACGGCCAGUCGUUCCUAUUGAUGUCGUCGUCGUCGUUCUGCCCUCAGCCGGUGAUCCUUCGCCUGGCGAUCCAGGAUAUCCAGAGUCAGUCGCUGCUGGUGUCUUGGCAAGCCUCCAACACCACUUCAGUCUAUGGUUUCAAGGUGUCGUUUCAGAUGACUGCGGGCGACGGGCGUGUAUUGGGCGGCCUCAACACCCGCACACUGCCGCCCACUCCCAGGACCUCACAGCUAGAAGGUCUGCGGCCAGGGACCAGCUACCUGGUGUGUGUACAGGGCCUCUCCUCCGCCCUCCGCCCUGUCAGCAGAGCCCGCCCACACACCCACCAAGAUGCCCUCACCACCCACCGCCCACCGGAUCUGGACACCAAGUGCACACGAGUAAGAACAUUGGAGCAGCCUCAAGCCCAGAUCGUCCUCAACAACCGCUUGGCCAUUAUCAUUGGGGUAUCGCUGGGCAUCAUCAUCUUCAUCGCCGUGGGCACCGUCAUCUGCUGCUGCCAAUUGUGCAAGAACAAGAGAGAGCCCGUCAAGCCAGAUGCCCCUGCUACCCAAGACUACCUCUCUUACAGACACUUCUCCAUACCCGGCAACGAAGGGAACUCUUACGAGGGUUAUACGGCGUGUUAAGGACGCGCGGACAUAGUGAGAGUUUUACAUGCGUAAUAUAUGUUAUUUUUUUACGAGGUGGAUCGGUAAGCUAGCGUGAGGCAUCGAUCAGAUAACAAAAGACUUCACCGAGUGGGUAAUUAUACGAGACCAUUGCAAGGAUAAUUUUCCUUGACAAGGACAUUUUUCUCCUUGAAUGUGAAAAACGGAAGUUGGAAGACAAGAAUAUAUGAGUCGUCACGCUCAAUGGACAACAUUAGCUUCCCAAGACUAUAUGUCACUCGCCCUCUAAGGCGUCUCUGACAAUGUGGGGACUCCAGUUCCUGCGAAGGUAUUGUACCGAGUGAGAAGUGUUAUUGUGUCAAAGUUAUAAACUUAAGGAUGUCGCUGAAAUGUUAUAGGUUGACAUGUAUAUUUAGGCAGAUCGCUUUUCUUUUGUUGUCUAGGUGUUUCAGCUUUGAAGGGAGCAAUACUAUUUCUUACAAAAGCUAUUGUGAUUUUGGAAUUAUAAAGCAAAGUUACCCGAACAUAGCACAAACGUUGGUCUGAUGCUACUAAAGAAGGCGACUCGCCUUAACCAGGAAAGAACAUUUAAGACAAGGAUCUGGGUCGUCUUCACAGGUUAACAGUGUGAAGCAGAAGCAUCGUGAAGGAGACCACUCUCAUAUAUUAAAGGUGGUUACUCAAAUUUGCUAAAAGUUACAGAGAAUAUAGGUUCGUGAAAAUUAUGUCCAUGGAAAGCAGCUCUAAGGAGCUCUGAUUGGUACCGUGGUGCAAACCUAUGUUGUAGAUAAAUGGUUCGUAGAACAGCGAGUUGAUGAAUUAGAUACAUGUUUAACACUUAGGUAUCUUUAUUGAGAAAAUGUUUCGCUACACAGUGGCUUCAUCAGUCUAAUACAGAGAAGAAUGGUGAAGAUCAGUAGUAGUUUGAUGCACUGUUUACAUUGAUUUCAGGCCGAGGGACUGAUUACCUCAAAGUCCUUCUGAUCUUCACCAUUCUCUUUGUAUUGGACUGAUGAAGCCACUGUGCGGCGAAACGUUUUCUCAACAAAUAUACAAAAUGUUGCAUGUGUGUCUAAUUUAUCAAACCUAUGUUAUUAACUGAUAAAUGUGUUUUCAUUUAUUAUAUUCAUUAUUAACAGUAUCGACACACAUUAUCAUAAUUUCGUUACUAUGAUUAAAAUAAUAUUUAUUAUUAUUAUUAUUAUUAUUAUUAUUAUUAUUAUUAUUAUUAUUAUUAUUGUUAUUAUCAAGUUCAGGCAAUUUAUGUUAGAUUACAAACAAGCAUUUAAGUGAAUUUAAAACCAAUUCUCAAAUCUUAUGUCAUUUUUUCCACAAUUUAAACAAAUGCCAACUAUCUAUAUAACCCGAUGCACUCCACAACGAAUCAUAUCCAUGAAUAUCUGAUAUCUUUGGAUAUAUUCAUGAAUAUCUUUGGAUAUAUCCAGCACCAAAACAUAUCUACGAGUAUGUCUGGAAAUGAGAAUAGGAUCACUAGCUUACACACGAAGGUCCUCGCGACUUGUAUAUAUAUGUAAAAAAUAAUAUUAGUCGUAAACAAAUUCUUGUUGUGUCCUGUGCUCUGGACGUGGCGAAGUGCUUCGUGUUGGGUAAGUGUGACGUUAUGCUGCAUUUUAUACGCGUUACUGGGGUAUCAGCUGCUGUAAUGUGCCAUGCUGACGAGAAAACAGCUUCCGCAGUGCUGCGUGGUGUGGGAUGAAGUCACAGCAUCCGCUGACUUCAUUCCUAUGAGCUUUUGACGCAACAACACAAGAUUUCUUGAACGCUGCGAUAUGCCCUGAGGUUAUCUAGUGAUCCGAGAUGAUGGUGGGUGAACAGGCUGUUCUCCAUGACUGAUGUCAAGGUACUCACGCAUAUAUCUUGUUCUCUGGAUACAUCAACUGACACUGAUAUUUACACGCUCUCGCACGCGCGCUCACACACACACACACACACACACACACACACACACACACACACACACACACACACCUGCAACCACAAUUAGGUGAGUACACACACACAGUCAUGUGAAUGGGCUUGCCAUGCAUUUAACUAAUCCUUUGCUUUGAGCUUAAGACACGCGAUCUUCUUAACUGUCAUGUCUGGUAUUCGCUCUCAGCACCCUCAUAGGAUGAUGAGGCACCAAAACAACAAAAUCUACGACCUAACAACAUAUACUAGAAGCAGGUUAGGAAGACGAAUAAAAAAUAUAUACCACAUGGAUAACGGAGGAGAGAUAACAGAAAAACUAAAACAAAUAUAGUAGGCAACUGAAUUUAGAUAAAAUAUUGCGCAAAUACAUAGAAAAGGGAAAGAAUUUUUUUUGAUAUAUUAGAUUUAAAGUGAGCGCUAACUCCGUAAGGCUCAGAGUCUAGGGAAUGGUAGGCAAUUUUUAUCCAAGGAAAAGGUGGAUAGCUCCAGUUCCUUGAAUCAAAAGCCAUUCAGAAGAAUCAAUUAACAAUAAGAGAAUCGUGAUGGGAAAAUAACAAGAAGGUAAACAGGAAUUAGUUCAGUAAAAUCUGAUGCAAGGAAACAAAAUUGCAAUGAAAAUUUAAAACGGCGUAAUUAAAACGUAAGAAUAACAAUACUAUAAUCUGACUGGAAAAACAACGUAACGUGAAGCGAAAAAUGAAAGCAUGAGUGGAAAUUUACAGAGCAGUAAGAGGUCGUCUUCAAUAUCUUACGAGGCUCCAGGUCGUUAAUUAAGAAUCCAAGUCCCUCCCACGCCAUCAACAGGUCGUUCGGAGUCCUCUGGUAUUUAGGUCACCAUAUCAUCAGGUCAUAGUAAACCAGGGGUUUAUAUUAUUAGAUAAUAUGCAGAAGCUCUCAGGUCCUUCAAUUUCCAGGUCUAAAGUUCCCAGGUCAUCCUAUUACCAGGUGCUCAAUUUCCCAGUUUUGAAGCUCCCAGAUCCUUAAAUUUCUAGGUCUAAACUCUCCAGUUGCUGAAAAUCUCAGGUCCUGAAACUCGCAGGUCCUGAAGUUCCCAGGUCUUCCCAAGUCCUUAUAGCUCGCAGGGCUUGAAGUUUCCAAGUGCUGAAGUUCCCAAAUAUUGAAUUUUGCAGCCCUAUAACUGGCAGGUCAUGAAGCUCGCAGGUCUUGAAGCUCCCAAGACCUGAAGCUAGCAGGUCUUGAAGCUCCCAAGACCUGAAGCUAGCAGGUCUUGAAGCUCCCAAGACCUGAAGCUAGCAGGUCUUCAGGCUUUGCAGGUCUUCAGGCUUGCAGGUCUUCAGGCUUCCAGGCCUUCAGGCUUGCAGGUCUUCAGGCUUCCAGGCCUUCAGGCU